AUGUGUUUUUYAUGUCAAUCAGUAACCAAUGCUCUCAACAAUACAACUACAGGUGCUUUCAAGUGUGACACUAAAAGUCUACGUAAGAUCGACUUGAGUGUCGCCCGUAUUAUCACAAUAGGAAACUCCGGUCGCAAGUUUCCCGAGAAUAAGGGCGACAGUCUUAAUAGAUAUUGUGUUCAAAACACUGGUUAUAUGAAGGAAGUGGAGAAAUUCAAAAGUAAAUGCAUGAAAGGACUAUCCAAACAAGUGACCGGUAUAUUGUUGUACUCAUUAAAAAAUUCAAUAUCGCAGUUAUGUCACAAACAGUCUAAAAAAUUGGAUGAUCUCAUMGAUAGUACAAAAUGUAUAAACACUGCCACACCUGAGAUUAACCGGUGUUAUACAGAUUUAAUUGAUAGCGUGUUGGGCGCCGUCAAUGCACCCGACAAUAAAAAGUUACCUUUUGUUUGUUGCGAAUAUUAUAAGAUAUUUCCGUGCAUUACACAGAAGGCGUCGCGUAUAUCCAUAUGUAGUGCUCAUCAUAUCGAGACUGCCCUCGAUUUUGUGCGAUCAAUGUUAGGCAAUGCCAUAGACCUGGUCUGUGGUGAUUACACUGAAGGUAGCGAUAAAUGUGAUCAAUUGGGUCGACCGCCAAAAAAACUGAAAAACCAAAGACGUACCAAAUCUUUUAUGAUACCAUUGCUUCAAAUGUUUGAAUCGUUUCCCGAAAAAAUGUUUAAUUUAAUUAAAUAUUAUAGAUUAUCAUUUAUUUGUGUGAUUUCAUUAUUUUUAUUUAAUGAUUCACAUCAAGAGGAUUGCGAUGUGAAUGAGUCCCGCAAAAUGGACGCAGCGAUGGCUAAAUUGUUGACAAUUGGAAAUUCCGGUCGAAAUUUUCCUGAAUCUAAAGGUCAAGAAUUGAAAACAUAUUGCGAUGAUACAAAAUUAUUGAUAACACAACUUGAAAACUAUAAGAAUAAGUGUCUCAAAGAUUUAUCAAAACAAGUGAUGGGUGUUAUAGUAUAUUCAGUGAAGAAUGCUGUGGGACAGUUGUGUAAACGGGACUCUAAACGUCUAACUGAGCUAAUAGGUGUGUCCCCCUGUUUGAACAAAGGAUCCAAUGAAAUCAAUAAAUGCUAUUCAAAAUAUAUCGACGGUUUGUUGGGCGCCAAACAUGCCAGCGAUAAGAAGAAAAUACCCCAUAAUUGUUGUGAAUAUUUUAAGAUAUUUCAAUGCUCUGAGACUAAACUGCAAAAAGUGAAAACUUGUAAUAAUCAAAAAAUAGAUAUUGCAAUGGAUUGGGUUCGGUCUCUAUUUGGUAACGUUAUUGAACUUAUAUGUCAGGACUAUACUGAGGGUUCGGAUAAAUGUACAAAAUUAGAAUUGGUACCAAAAAAACGCAAAGAUCAACGACGACCCAGAUCAUUUAUGUUGCCUUUAGUCGAUUUAUUAUCAAGUUUUAAAGAAAUAUAAUUUAUUAAAAGUUUCAUAUAUGUAAUCACUUUUUAAAGUUAUCUGUAAAAAUU